AUGGAGGGGCUCAGCGGAGCCCCCAGGUUCCUGGCCUACCCGCGUGCCUUCACAGUGCAAAGCGGCACCGACGCGGUCCUGAGCUGUCGGAUCACGGGCAACCCCCAGCCAAGCAUCCUCUGGGAGAAGGACAAGACCCCGAUCAAGCCUUCAGGACGCUUCCAUGUGGAGGCCAAGGGGGACUUGUACAGCCUGCUGGUGUCCCAUGCCACUCCCCAGGACAGCGGGGUCUAUGUCUGCAAAGCCAAGAACAGUGUUGGUGAGACCUAUGCUGCUGCCACGCUCAAGGUGGAGGCAGGCGAGCCCCGAGAGGAAGAGGGAUGCCCAAGCAGCAAGGCACCUGCCUUCCUCGUUGCCCCCUCAUCCAUUCGCGUGUGCCAGGGGGAGGACGUGAUAUUCACCUGCAGGGUGUCCGGGCGGCCUUGUCUGGUACUGGAGUGGGACGCAGUGACGGCCAAGGUGCCAGGGGCUAAGGCAUUCGCCGUGAGCGCGGGGAAGCACGCCAAAUUUCGCUGCUAUGUUACCGGCAAGCCCAAGCCAGAGAUCGUCUGGCAGAAGGAUGGCAAGCCCCUUGCCCCUGGCCGUAGGCACCUCGUGUAUGAGGACCGAGAGGGCUACUUCAUCCUCAAGGUGCUGUACUGCAAACCCCAGGACCAGGGGCUGUAUGUCUGCACCGCAUCCAACACCGCCGGGCAGACCCUCAGCGCGGUGAAAGAGCACUGGCUGCGUUUCCAGGUGCAGCUGGCGGACGUGGAGGUGGCGGAGCGGGAGGACGCCGUGCUGGAGUGCCAGUAUGUGAUGGAGGAGCGAGGAGUGGUGCGGCGCCUGACCAUCCGCGAUGCCCGCACUGAUGACGACGGCAUCUACCUCUGCCAGAUGAAGGACAAGGGGCGCAGCAUCGCUGAGGUCUCCGUACGAGGGGUGAUCACGAAGCGGCUGCCGCGGGAUGUGAUGGAAGGGGAGAAUGCUGUUUUCUGCGUGGAGACACAGGAGGCAGCAGAGGGGGUCUGCUGGAGCCGGGACGAGCUGCAGCUGCGGGAGUCCCCCCGCACCGUGCUGAAGAGUUUUGGCAGAACACACCUCCUGGUGCUGGUGCACGUCACACGCCAGGAUGCAGGAAUCAUCUCCUUCACUGUCGGCGAGUCACAGACAUCCUCCCAGCUCCGGGUCAAGUGUAAGCACCAG